AUGGACGAAAUGGAUUACACGAUGCAGGCCUCUGCUCAUCCGGUCCCUCUUCCCGGCUGGUGGGUGAAUAGUGCGCAGGAACACCCAUCUACCAUCAACAACAGUCGAGCCUUCCUCACCCGCCACCAUUACUACCGCCAGCGUCAACAUUACACCACUCAUUCUUCCUUCAGCCAGGUUAUUCCGACAACUCUCUCCCGCUUCAACAUCAUCAAAGUUAUUAUUUUCUCCCUCCGCUUCAGAUCCAGCAGCUUCCAGCAUCACAUGGGCCUACGCCUCCAUCAUUUCCCAGUCAUCCCGCAGACCCUCCUCCGCCUUCGUCCCACUCGGCGAAUCGAGGUUACGAUCCCCGGAAAUCAGCAAGAAGGCCACCCAGCACCUGGCCACGUCCAUCAAUACAGAGGCAACGGUAUCAACAAUAACAAUGCCAAUAAUGGCAACGUCACCACUCCGACCACGGGCGUCAGUACCACGAACGUCAGCGCCGGAUACACGGUCGGUCCCAACUGGAUGCUAGGAUUCACAGAUGCACCUCCAGCUUUCCAAGGACCGCCGGGUCCCUCCCACUUCCACAUGACACCGGGCACCUCGUUUGCGCCGUCGUACGGGAUGAAUGGCAGUUCUUCAGGCAAUAUGAUGAGUAGGCAGGGGGCGCGACCAGCUGCAAAUCCCGUCUCGAACUCCAGUCCGGGCGUUGAUGCUGACACAGUUAUGGGCAACACAGAAGCUCAGGGUGGUUUGGGUGCCUCGGGUGGCUCAUCUGCACAACCAACUGCUGCAGGUGCUGCCCCGCAGGUUGGUGGCUCAGGCUCGGGACCGAUACAAUCUGGCGCCUGGACAUCUCAGGGCCAGAACCGUUCUGCACCACCAUUCUCCUUCCAACCCCUACAACCCGGUCUCGAGGGGUUUCCCAUACCAGGCUUCUCGACAGGUUUGCAUCCUCGCCACACGGACUCCCUCCGUAACAACAGUGCCUCUGCUCCCAGCCCAGUACUAUCUGACCCAGAACAUUGGCGUCCUCGUCACACACAUGCCCCACCAGCCUUUGUCACCUUGAGCUACUACCAGCAUCACCUGCAUCCAAACGGGCUCCCGCCUGGUCACCGUCGCCAGUCUUCGCAUCAAUCCACUCAACCGUCACCCACAGCUAGUACGGCUUCGUCGACAGGUAGCCAUAUCAGGCUUCCUGCCCCCGAUCCUCGCUCAAGGCUCCCUCCAUAUCGUCCGUCAGGCAUGUCGAACCCAACCGAAAACGGCAAUGAUUUUUCCCAUGCCCUCCAGCCUCCUCUGGGCCCCCAGGCCUCGUCAUCGGGCGCUCACCGGCCAUCUCGCCAACCUUCAGGCUCCGGGUUCACCAAUACAGCUGCACCACUUCCCGAUAACCAGUCCCUCCCUGGCGCCGCCAUUGCCUCUGCGUCUACUCCUACUUCGGCAUCGACGUCCAAUACCGGACCCCCCAUUGGACAGUCGACUUCAUUCUCUCGUGGUCCUGCCUACCCCGAGCUGCAAACAGAGAUGCGAGACUACUUGGCGAGAGCUCAUGAUCACUCAGACAGCUUUAGCGAUGACGAUUUGGACUUGCCAGACCCAAUGCCAGCGCGCCGACCGAUCAGUGAAGAAGAAGCAGCCCGACUGGAAGAAAGAGCAGCCGAAUUUCAAGAAAGAGCAGCCCAAAUGAUCAGGGCACGGCAGAUGGCGCGCGGACAAAGUUCUAAGAAGGUGGCGUCUAAAAAGGCUAUAGACAGCCUUGAGCCCGUGAAUGUUGCAGACUUGCCUGAAUCGGACGGGAGUAAGUUGCCAUAUCGUCCUUCUGUCGCGGAAAUUACCGAGUCUAACUUUAGCUUACCAGCCUGCGAUAUCUGCUACAACGAUUAUGGUACUAUGAGCCCGGAGGGCAUUACAGAGCAACCUUUACGGAUUCCCAUGUGCAAACAUCCUGCCUCGGAUAGCGACAAUCCCUACAGAAGCGCCAACACGAACCAGACGUCCUCUAUGCCCCACGAACCACCGGUGGCGUCAUACACAUCUGUACCAGCACCUCCAUCGAUGAAUAGUGGGGAGUGGUCCUUUGGCUUUGGGCCAUCAAACCGUGACCAUGCUUUCCCUUAUCAGGUCCCCGACACGAGGGGUCCCGCACAAGGGCAGCCGCCUGUUGUUGAACAGCAUGACCAGCCUCCUGCACCCCCGUAUCCCGGCGAUAACACUUUUCCUGGUUCCUCUACCUUUGGCCCUCCUGGGUCUGGUAGACAGCAGCCUCAAUAG